UUUGGCUUCCGGCACUCAGUUCUCGUCGAGUUUGUGUCCAGGAUGGGACGAGUUCCGCCAAAGAUGCUUCCGCUCCUCGCGCUCCUCCUCCUUCUCCAGCUUCUGGUUCCCACCAUCAAUGCCAUUGAGUGGACGAUUCCGGAUGUUCUCGAUUCCAUUGGAAAUGUGGGCAGCAGCAUAGUGAAUCCCAGUAUUUUGCCCACACCACAAGCACUCCUAGAUGGCAGCAAACAGCUCAUCGCGGGAUAUCCAUUCGAGUUUGUCUCCAACUCCCUGAAUAUUAUAUGCUCCCAGGCGCUGCAUUCAAACAGAAUUAGGUCGAAGUACUCGCCGGAUAUCAAUCAAAUGAACUUCCAGCUGCAAACGGGUUGCAUGAAGAAAAACUUUCCACUUACAAAUCCCGAGGCCAUGUGGUCUAGUCCGCUGUUUGAUCCCAAGAAGAAGGUCGUCAUCCUGGCCACCGGAUGGACCACCACCGUGAAUGGAUCGGAUACCAUCGACGUCUUCUCCAAGGCCUACAAUUGCCGUGGGGAUGUCAACUUUGUGGCGGUGGAUGCUGCUCGUUUCGUGGAUACCCUCUACACCUGGUCGGCCUUCAACACGGAGGAGAUUGGCGAGAACAUCGCUCUGGGAUUGGUGAAGCUCCUCGAUCUGGUGCCGGUGGAGAAUAUCCACCUCAUUGGCCACAGCCUGGGCGCCCACAUAGUGGGUUCGGCGGGACGGCACCUGCAGCAGAUGACCAAUCAGACGAUACCCAGGAUCACUGGCUUGGAUCCGGCCAAGCCGUGCUUCAACGAGGGUGAAAUCCUCUCGGGUCUGAUGCGCGGCGAUGCCCACUUCGUCGAUGUGAUCCACAGUAAUUCGGGCGUGCUGGGCAAGCGGGAUCCGGUGGGCGAUGUGGACUUCUAUCCGGGCGGCAUGGGUCCGCUUCCAACGGGUUGCUUCUCGGUGACCUGUGCCCAUGCUCGAUCCUGGGAAUAUUUUGCGGAAACCAUUUAUCCAGGAAAUGAACGCAACUUUAUGGCCGUUCGCUGCAAUUCGAUAUCGAGAAUGCGCGACUUCCGCUGUCCAGGUGACCAGGUGCCCAUGGGCUAUCAGGUGCCGCAGAACAUCAAGGGCAACUUCUUCCUGGAGGUCAGCGGCGACUCACCGUUCGGCAUGCAUGCCUCCAUUGUGCGAUCGGCCCACUUGGAGCAUUGCGGCAAGUGCUCCGAAUCCACGACCACCACUGAGGCGCCAAGUUCCACAACUGCAAAAUCGGGAUCCUGGUUGUCCGGAUGAGGAGGCCCCAUAAUCUAUCCUAAGCUAGAAAUAAGCCUUGUUUUUUUUUUGUUGUUGUUGGCUCAAACCGAUUGCGGUCGAUAGGCAAUACACAAUUUGCCUUCUAAGCGUUGACAAUUCAAUUAAAUUUGUGUUUACUGUGCUUAUGCAAAGCGGAAUAAGUAGCACUUGGAAUACCCUAUAUAUGUGAUAACGAAGGAUAAUGGUCAAAGGCAUAAGCAUACUUAAAAAUAAAUAAAUACAAAUAAACCCA